AAUGUAGGGUGAGAAAAAAAACCAAGGUCAGUACAAAAUCAAAAGGUUAAACACCUUACGCCCCCCCAACUUGCUUGGAAAAAAAACUCAGUUGACGCCAGAGGGAGCAGAGCCGCUUCUCUCUCUGAAACCUCUUAACGUUUCUCUCUCUACAACAACUCAGGAGCCUAUACACCAGCUUCAGAUUUGAACAACACAGUGACGGUGGAACGAGACCCAAAAUACAUACACAGUUUUUGGAGUAGCAGAUUUAUAUGCAUAGAGUCACAACCUUACUUGUUUGCAGUGGCGUCUUGAUUUUUAUAUACAUUGAGUAACAAGCAAAUUCGGGAUCGUUGAUGGUCCCCUUUAAAAUGGUAGUUUUGGAGCUAAUUGAGUAGGGGUCAGCAGAUCAUGUUAAGGGCAAAGCAACUCGGUAAUCUUUCCAGCAGUGCAAGGUUGUUUUUUCUAAGUGGUUCGCGGUGCAGUGCUACAGAUGGUAGUUCUUCAUGCAGUUGCUCUGAAGAUGAAACCUGUGUUUCAACAAGGCAGCAACCGAGAAACAGUAUUCUACUUGCACAGAAGCCAUCCAAUUUUGGAUCUAAAACUUCAGCAAGAGUAGAAGCCUCAGUUUCAGGAGAUGGAAGCAGUUUUCUACUUCCACAAAAAAGGUCCUCCAUAGCAUCCAAAACAUCAGCAAGGGUAGAAAAUUCAGUUUCAGGAGAUGCCGUAAAGUUAUUGGGCUCUCAAAAAGAUGCAAGUGUUGAACACCCAAAUUCUUUACCACAAGUUGCAUCUACUCAUAGCUCUUGUGGAAUGUCAGGUUGUGUUAGUUAUGCGAUUGGCAUUGAUAUUGCUGAAAAGGAUGUAGGACACUCUUCUCCUCCUAUUUCAGACCAGUUUAUGAGAGUUGGUAUUGCAGCAGUCAGCUUUCUGUCUGAUUUAGUGAACUACAAGCUUCCUACAUCAGAUGGAACUGUAAUAAACUCAACCAUCAACUGCAUGAUUGACCCUACCAGGCAACUUUCCAAUAUAAAGUCUUCAAAUGUAAAACCCAUCAGGAGAGAGAACUUCACCAAGGCAUAUCCAAAUUCAUCUGCAGAGAUACCAGUGGGGUCAAAUGCUGCUGUUAACUACAACUCUAUGAAGGAUAGGGGCAACAAAUCAAGUUUUGUUAGAGGUUUCAAACAAGUUUCAAGUAUUGCUGCUGAUAGUUCAUUGGAUAGUCAUAGUUUACCUUCAGAUGCAUUUGAUAAGAGGAGAACCAUACCUCAGAGGUUAAAAGCUCAACCAAAUCGGUUAGUGUCAAAAUUUCAUUCCAAUGUAGAUACUUCAGAUGUAAAUGUUGGGAAGCCAUUCACUGAUGGUUACAGAAGACCCUCGAGAGAUACUAAAAUGCCAGCUGUAGUAGCUCGAAGUGCUAGGCAGUUUGUAAGCACUGGGCAUGUUGUAGAAAAUGUUUCUCAGAUAUUAAGACAGUUAAGGUGGGGUCCUUCAGCGGAGGAGGCUCUUGUAAAUCUUAAUUGUCAUAUGGAUGCCUAUCAAGCUAACCAAGUUCUAAAACAGCUUCAGGAUCAUACUGUUGCUCUUGGAUUUUUCCAUUGGUUGAAACAGCUACCUGGGUUCAAGCAUGAUGGCUACACUUACACAACCAUGGUUGGCAUCCUUGGCCGUGCAAAGCAGUUUUUUGCAAUUAACAAAUUGCUUGAUCAGAUGGUCAGGGAUGGAUGCCAACCUACUGUUGUGACAUACAAUCGUCUUAUUCACAGUUAUGGCCGUGCGAACUACCUGAAUGAUGCAGUUGAAGUGUUCAAUCAAAUGCAGAAGGCUGGGUGUGAACCUGACCGAGUCACCUACUGCACACUCAUUGAUAUCCAUGCAAAAGCUGGGUUUCUUGAUUUUGCUAUGGAGAUGUAUCAAAGAAUGCAGGCAGCUGGCCUUUCUCCUGACACAUUCACUUAUAGUGUUAUGAUAAACUGCCUUGGAAAAGCUGGCCAUUUAGCAGCUGCUGACAAGCUAUUUUGUGAGAUGGUUGAACAAGGUUGUGUUCCCAAUUUAGUAACAUACAAUAUCAUGAUUGCUUUGCAAGCCAAGGCAAGGAAUUACCAGAAUGCAUUAAAGCUUUACCGUGACAUGCAGAAUGCUGGAUUCGAACCUGACAAAGUGACUUACAGCAUAGUGAUGGAGGUGCUUGGACACUCUGGAUAUCUUGAUGAAGCAGAAGCAAUUUUUUCUGAGAUGAAACGGAAGAACUGGGUGCCUGAUGAACCUGUCUAUGGCCUUCUGGUUGACUUGUGGGGAAAGGCUGGAAAUGUUGAAAAGGCUUGGGAAUGGUAUCAAGCCAUGCUCCAUGCUGGUUUGUGCCCAAAUGUGCCAACUUGCAACUCCCUGCUCAGUGCUUUCCUGAGGGUGAAUCGUCUGCCAGAUGCUUAUAACUUGCUGCAAAGCAUGCUGAACUUGGGUCUAAAUCCAUCGUUGCAGACUUACACCUUGCUCCUCAGCUGCUGUACAGAGGCACGAUCACCUUAUGACAUGGGAUGUUAUUGUGAGCUCAUGUCAGUCACUGGCCACCCUGCACAUAUGUUCCUUUCAUCUUUGCCGUCAGCUGGACCUGAUGGUCAAAAUGUGAGGCAUCAUGUGAGCAAGUUCUUGGAUAUGAUGCAUAGUGAGGAUAGAGAGAGCAAGAGGGGACUUGUAGAUGCAGUGGUGGACUUCCUUCAUAAGUCAGGGCUCAAGGAGGAGGCUGGCUCGGUCUGGGAGAUAGCUGCACAGAGGAAUGUAUAUCCAGAUGCAGUCAAAGAGAAAAGUUCAUGUUAUUGGCUUAUUAACCUCCAUGUUAUGUCUGACGGCACUGCCGUAACAGCUUUAUCUAGAACACUUGCUUGGUUUCGCCGCCAGAUGCUAGUCUCAGGUGUUAUCCCCAGUCGUAUUGAUAUAGUGACUGGAUGGGGCCGUCGGAGCAGGGUGACAGGAUCUUCCCUUGUGAGACAGGCAGUGCAGGAAUUGCUGCAUAUUUUCAGCUUUCCGUUUUUCACAGAAAAUGGCAAUACUGGGUGUUUUGUAGGGUGCGGAGAACCUCUUAGUAGAUGGUUGCUCCAAUCUUACGUGGAGCGGAUGCAUUUAUUGUAAGCGAUUGUUUGUAGUGUAGGCACAAUUUUGUUGUGGCGGGAGUACCAGUGAAGCUGUAUCACAUGCCUAAUAUGUGUUGUUAUUUGCAGCAGCAAUUUUAGUUUUAUUCUGACAUCUUGGUAGCUAUGUUCUACCGCAGCUUUAGCUGCUUCUGUGAGGGCUCUAUUCUACCGCAGCUUUUGCUGCUUCUGUGAGGCCCUUGCGGUUGAUUAUUUGGAGUAUUUGCAUUGUUGUAAAUAUUUGGCUAUCCUUCUAUCUUCA